UCGACACAGUCCACCCCGGUCUGAUUUUGGUGUGUCUGAGUUGCCGGUCGGUGGUGCUGUGGUGGUUCACUGUCGGUGAUGGUGGUUGACUGUCAGUGACCCUGUGGUGGUGGUGGUCAUGAUGGUGAUGGUUGACUCUCGGUGACGCUGUGGUGGUCGUGGUUGUUGGUCAGUAACUCUGUAGUUGUGGUGUAUGGAUGUGUGUAUAUGUUGAACUUUUUUUUGCACCGUACAUAGCCAACUGUGGUAAUUGGAGGUGCGGUGUUGGUGGUGACGCUGUGAUGGUGGUGUUGGUUGCUGAUCAGUAACGCUGUGGUGGCUGUGAGCACUGCCAUUGGAGGGAGGCCGACAUCAUUCGAAGGGCUGGUGACCCCCGCCACCUUCAACUCAAUCACUGCUGAAACCACAGAGAAAAGAUCCAAACUAAGCCUGUGCCAGAGGCCGCGGGGGCACAGGUAUCCAUGACGUCUCCUGGCCAAACCACAUUUGGCGGAGCCAGGAGAAGGAUCGCCCCACUCCCUUAGGGUUCGUCCACAAACAAGAGGAAACUACUGAGGGUGGCCACUUGGAGUGAGAAUCUAUAUUUAUGCUGGAGGAAUGCGAUGAGCUUUACAGCUCCGUUUCCCAGAUGUCCAAUUGGAGCGGGUCAGAAUGUUUCAACAACAAACAAUAGAGAAACACGAUGGAAGCCUAGAAAAGGUAAACAAAUCACUUAAACUGAAAUUAAACUGUUUUCAUCUUUGGUUCUUUGGGUAAAGUCACGUCUGUAGAAAAAUAAUUUUGAGAAAAAAAAUUGUGAUCUAUUAUUUAUCUACCCAUGUGACUUUCCCAAAAGAACCAAAGAGUAUGGAUUCCUGCAGUCACGAAAGCUUCAAAUCAAGAUUGUUUUCAUCUUACCAGGCGAAGUCCACUGAGCGAUUAACUGCAGAGGAAAGGCUGCUGCUAUUCAGGAGCUAGUCCAGUACCGACUGGAUCUCUGUGGAAUGCAGGAGGGUCCGGUGGACUGGUUCUGGCUGUAGUCACCAUGGCGUUGGACAGUCCUCCAUUCGGAGCAGGAGACUGCUAAACAACAGGGAGUGGGUCUUCUGAACAAAAGAAUGAAGGGGACGUGGAAGCGUGGCAGUGAGGUGUGGGAAGCUGUGAGCCCCAGGCUACUGUGGACUCUCCUCCCCAUUAAUGGAAGAAGACGAGUUCCUCUUCAUCCCUCCGAGUCGCUUCAUUUUCCACGGUGCUCAGGUUUACGACGAAGACGUUGAGAAUUCAGCCACGUCGUCGUCAUCAUCAUCAAGAUCAUCAUCACCAUCUUCAUCAACAUCUUCCUCUCCAUCUUCAUCAUCGCCGUCAUCGCCAUCGUCGUCAUCGCCAUCCUCAACCUCUCCAGCAUCACCGCAGGCUGACAUUGAUGAGGUGGACCUGAGCAACUACAUCUUCUCCUUGGACGAAGAGGUGGACGGGGAUGACGACGACGAGGAGGGUAGUGGUGGUGAAGGUGGCAGUGAUGAUGAAGGGCAGGAGAGGGAUCCAGAACAUCGUCCCGAAGAUAACGGAGCCAGCGGUGGCGGUGAUGAUGAUUCUUAGAUCGUUUGACCUUGAA